AUGGUGACUCCAAGGAUACGACAGCCUCUCGGAGCCCUCCUCACACUCCCGAAACAGCAGCCACGGCCCUUGUCUGCAUUCGAAGACUUCCAUGAGUCGUCUUACACGCCGUACUCACGCCCGACUAGCUUCACCUCUUCAUCCGAAGCAUCAUCUCCCCGACAUACCAUGACGGGCCGCCCGCCGACACUGAACGAGAUUCUUCUCGACACUGCUCCCCCGCCGUGGUCUUUGAGUGCCUUCAUGGCCUACCUCUCGCAAAACCACUGCAUGGAGACGCUCGAGUUCACGCUGGACUCUCAGCGCUAUGCCACCGUCUACGAACAAACCCUCUCCGAGCCCAACCCCUCGGAUGACUGCAAGCAAAGGGUGUGCGCAUGGUGGGAGAAGCUGAUGCAGGUUUACAUAAUCCCAUGUGCGCCUCGCGAGGUGAACAUUCCUGCUCAGGUUCGCGAUCGCCUCCUGCGGGUGCCUUGUGGUCCCGACCCUCCUCAUCCAUCCGAGCUUGCCGAAGCUGGACGCAUCGUAUACGAACUCAUGAACGAUUCAGUCUUGGUUCCUUUUUUGCAGUCCGUCGCGACCCCCGCAGCCGACCUCCAUGAUUUCCACCUUGCUUCGCCCAAGGCAUCAUCUGACCGGACAGCGGCUUCGAUGGGUACGGAUCCGGAGACGUUGACGGCCGACAGCAGCGGCACCUCCUCUUCAAUCACGGAGCCCAUGACGCCGCCAACCACACCGCCCACCUCGGAAUGGACUUUCACUGCCUCUCACGGGGGCUUUCACCGGGCCGUUGCAGCGCAUAACAAGGGAUGGAAAAAGGUUGGCGCAGCUCUGGGGUUCAACCGCAAGAGCUCUAGCCGGCGAACAACGCCUACCUCUUCCGGACCAGACUCUGGGGAGUCGAGCUACAACUCCAGUGGCAACUCGAUCUGA